AUGUUCGAGACCGCAUCGAUACUAUUUGCUGUUGAGAACUCAAGUGACCUGUCCGAUACGGUACUACGUCGCUCAAAAGAAAUUAGUAGUGACAGUUUUGGUUUACGGCGUUUUCUGACUACGUACCAGACAUCUCGUACGUUCGAUUUAUCGGCAUUCAUUUCACAAUAUCAACGUACAUGGAUUUUAUAUACAAAAUUAUUGAUAUUUAAUAAUUCAGUAUUGAAUAUGGAAGAUUCCCCGAUGUAUAUGUACAACACAAGAUAUAAUCAGUUGACAUUUGAUACGGGCUAUUCUAUGUCUAUUUGUUAUGGUGCUUUAACAUCAAUGAACAAAUUUCGGUGUUAUUCUUCACACUAUUAUAAGGAAAAAACAUGUAAAUGGAUAAUGAGAUUUAAUAUGAAUAAAUUUGAAAUAGAUGACUUACAACGAUCACCAUUCAGACGAGUUAUUACUGUACAACAUAUUGAUCGUGGAGUCGUCAUUGAUGUUCAUAAAUAUGGAUUUAUUUUACAUAUCUGUAUUAGAGGUAAUCCAGCCGAAUAUAUUCAAGCGAGACCAGGAUUUCACGAGUACAACCGGGUUUGUUAUGAUGAACCUCAACCAUUAUUUUCCGCUAUACGAGUUGUUUUAUGUAUUGAUAGAGAAAUAAUGAAUAAUAUGUAUGAAAGGAAGACGAAUAUUGAACUUGCAUUUAGAAAAUUUAUUAGUUUUUUUCAACAAAAUAAUAUCACCAUCUACUUCGGCUCAGUCAUGUUUGAUAAAGACGAUGUAAUUUAUAAAAAACCAUUUUUUGAACUACAGUUUCCAACGUAUAUUCAAAAUUAUUCCUGGUCCAUAUUAACGAGUAUGGGAUGUCGUGUUCAAGAAAAGUUAAACACAAAUGAAAAUUUUAAACAAAUCUUCUUGUCUGGAAUGUCAUUGAUCGAUAAAGAGGAACAAGAUGAUAUCAUGUAUUAUAUGUGUUCACGAUUAUACUAUCGAGCCUUAAAACAUUAUUUUAUUGAUUUCUACGCGGAAUUUAUUGAUAUAUUGAAGCAUUAUUACUCCUUUUAUAAGACAAGCUUGAUGAGUCAAUUCCCAAUUACCUUGAAAAACGAAGUAUUUAUUCCGUGCGUCACUUUAACAUCCAGUACGGAUCCGAUUGUAAAACCUUUUAAACUUUCUAAGUCAAAUCGAGUGCUACGAGAACCACAAUUUGGAAAUUUGAAUAAUUUUAUCUUUGUCGAGUUCCGCGACGAUAAUGGUAAUCAACUUCAAGCACGAGAUUUUGUCGCUCUUCGUCAACAUUUCAAACAGUAUUUGACAACUGGAUUUAUCAUCGGCGGCAGAUCGUAUUGUUACCUACAUCACGCACAAUCACAAGUUCGAUUUAAACAAUUCUAUUACUACUGUGAAAUGCCUGGUUGCUUCACAUUUGAGGAAGCGUAUCGUUGGAUGGGAAACUUUGCCAAUGAAAGAGUUGUAGCAAAAUAUGCAGCCAGAAUGGCACAAUGUUUUUCGAGUACACAGCCAACAAUCCAAAUCAAAGCCGAUUUAGUAAAAUAUGUAGAUGAUAUAAUCAGUAGUGAUAAUAAAUACACGUUUACAGACGGAGUUGGAAUGAUAUCAAAGCAACUCAGUAACAAGGUAAUUACAGUAUCUCCGUUAUUUAUAUAAAAGAAAAAUUAUUAGGAGC